UCCACUCACGGCCUAUUCACUGAUAAAGCCAAAGCCCCUACUAUGGGCGGGCCGUCCAAGGCCUCCGAGACCUAUGACUUCCUUCUCCGUCUCUUUUCCGACAGUGACUUGAUCCCACUUGGACCAUUCCAGAAAUGGGCCGCACGGUUCAUUGCCAAAAGGCGUACGCCCAAGGUCGCCAAGCACUACGAAGAGAUUGGCGGCGGGUCGCCGAUCCGCUACUGGUCCGAGUACCAGUCGCUGAAAGUAUGUGAAAUCUUGGACAAAACCAACCCGGAGACCGCGCCACACAAGCCAUACGUCGCGUUUCGCUACGCGCAGCCAAUCACGGAAAAUACCUUGGAGCAGAUGAUGCGCGAUGGGGUCACGCGCGCGGUGGCAUUUUCGCAGUAUCCGCAGUUCAGUUACUCCACGACCGGCUCAUCCAUCAACGAGUUGUGGCGCCAAACACAGAUCAUCGAUCCAAACCGCACGAUCAACUGGUCCGUGAUUGACCGCUGGCCAAAGAACGCCGGGUUGGCCAAGGCCUUUGCGCAGAACAUCCGCGACAAGUUGGCAGAAUUUCCUGCUGAUAAGCGGAAUGAUAUCAACAUCUUGUUCUCCGCGCACUCCUUGCCAAUGGAAAUCAUCAACAGGGGUGACUCGUAUCCCGCGGAGGUUGCCGCCACCGUCUACGCCGUGAUGGAGGAGUUAAACUUCUCCAACCCGUACCGUUUGGUGUGGCAGUCACAGGUCGGCCCGAGGCCAUGGUUAGGUGGCCAGACCGCCAAGAUCGUCGAGCGCUUGGAGAGCCAAGUAGAGGGUAUCAUUCUUGUGCCAAUUGCCUUCACCAGCGAUCACAUCGAGACGUUACACGAGAUUGAUAUCGAAUUGAUGGAGGACGCCAAGUUUCCCGAGAAGAUCAAGCGUGCGGAGUCGUUGAACGGUAACCCCGUGUUCAUUGAGGCCUUGGCCGGGCUUGUCCACGACCACUUGAAGUCGGGCGAGUUGUACUCCAAGCAGUUGCCGUUGGACUGUGUUUUGGGCGGCGAGACUGCCACCAACGUCUUCAAGCAUCCGUCGGAGAUGUUUGGCAAUCACUCAAGAUAA